CCUUGGGGUUGCUCGUGCUCCAGAGCACCGGUGUCAGUCGGGCUGCGAGCUUCGACCGCGAAGGUCGCUGGAGUACGGCUUACUCGCAGGUGCGACAGUUCGUGUUUAUGCCUCGAACCGUGAAAAUCGUUUAUCCUCAUCGAUGGAUCACACGAGGAGAGAAAAUGAAGUGUUGCAUGGAAAUAAACGACUUUUGGAGCUCGAUCUGGAUUACUUGGAAAGGAGAGAGCAGACAAUAACCUAUGAAAGUACCGAAAGCGGAUCGAAAGAGGAAGAAAGCCCCGCAGACACUCUGGAUCGUGUCAAAGUUGUGUUUCUCGGUGCACCAGGGGUGGGAAAGUCCAGCAUAAUCAAGCAAUUCGUGUGGAGCGAAUUCUCCGAGGAAUAUAGACCAACCGAGCGCAGAGAGACUUUCUAUCCGAGCGUGGUACUGGCCGAUCGAUUAUACGAGCUAAAAAUCACGGAUUUACCGACAAUCCCAUACUUUCCGGUCAGCUCGCACCUCGAAUGGACGGACUUCCGUUAUUACGGCUUGCGAAGUGCGAACGCCUACGUGCUUGUGUUCGAUCUCAGCAAUCAGGACACCUUUCAGUACAUUAGAACGUUACGAGAGCAAAUCUACGAAGCACGAGACAUGAGGGGUGUACCAUUGCUAGUAGUUGGAAACAAGCAAGACGAAUUGUCACCCGCGGCUGCUUCUGGAACUCGGUACAGGGACAUCGUUAAUCUUGUCCGGAAGCAUUGGCGAUGCGGCUACGUCGAAUGUAGCGCCAGAUUUAACUGUCGUGUCGUCCAGGUAUUUCGGGAAUUAAUGAAGAGUAUUCAAGCAGUGGAAGGAAGACCACCGUCACCUACGCCUGCACCCUCUCAACCCCUGCGAUCUCAUCCUCACAAUACCAGCGAAAAAUGUAUUCUUCUUUGACACUGAAACGAGAAAAUCAACGUGCUCGACUUCUGCGACCAUAUUAUUAAGAAAAGCUGCUUCUUUCCUUAUCAUGAUGCAGGGUCGUUUAUUUAAGUUGAAGAUGAUAGAUAAACCCAGGGAUGGGUUUACUCUAGGGAAUCGUAAGAUCCCUAAUGCGAAAGCUCAACUAUCACUGGGAUUUGUGUAAUCCGUGCAACUGUGGGAGUUGUGUAAUCUCAAGUAAAAAUCCGCGAACCUUUUUGGUUCAGCAAUCAAUAAUGUAAACAGUAUUGUGAUCGUUCGGGAUAUUGAGAUCUUUCAUGAAAUACUCUUCUGUUUUCUGUACAGAAUAUGACGACUAUUGCAAUAAAUAGAGAGGCAUUUUUUUACUAUGUUGUUUAACUGUUCCGUAUUUUGUUCACAAGAAGUAUCGAGAAUGGCACAGGGGCAGGAGAGGUCUCCAACCGGAUCGAUUAAUAUAUAGCGGAUGUGUUUGGUCUGCUGGAGAUUUUACCAAUAAUAGAGGAGAGGGUAUAAAUAUGGGAUGCCCAUUUUAUUUUUAAAUGUAAAGAGUCACAAAAUAGUCAUAAGUAAAAAAAA